AUGGAUCAGAACGUCCAAAUAACUUUUUACACGAAAUCCAAACAGUAUUCUGUUCCCUCCGCACCGAUUGCAGUACCACAGCACACGACUGUUGAAGAACUCAAUAAUUUAGUCAAAGUUCUGCUAGAUGAAACCAGAGAGUCUAGGACAUAUCCGGAAUUUACGUUUCUCGUGGACAAUUUGAUUCUAACUUCAACUCUGCAUGAAUAUUUAUCAGAGAAAGAAGUUAUAUCUGAAACCAUUGACAUUGAGUUUUGUCCAAAACAAGAACCACCAAAAUACGAAAGAGAAUAUGUACAGGAUGACUUGAUCAGCUGUGUCAAACGCUGUGAUAAGUACAUUCUAACAGGUGGUUACGAUGGUACACUGCAUAUAUGGAGCUUGGAUAGCAAAAGUGCCGUAUUAUCUAUGGAGUUGGAGGAAAAAGUUAAAUGUGUAGAAUGGAUCAGUCUAGAUCAAACCAAAAAUGAGGCGGUUUUUGUAACUGGCGGUUUUGACCAAACAGCUCAGAUAUGGCACUGGGAUCUUAGUUCAAAUAAAGUUAAUUGUAUUGCUGUUUGUCGUGGACAUUCUGAAACUGUGAUGACCGCAGCCUCACGCUUCUCUAAUAAUUCUGAUACUCAUACAACACAUUUCGCUACAGGAUCUUGGGAUACAACAAUCAAAAUAUGGUCGGCAGGGAUUGAACCUACAGAUCUGUCUGAAGAAACAGGUGGUAUUGUACAUGUGAGGAAAUCGACUAGCAAAACACCUACUAGAAUCCCGUUAUUCACCUUAGCGGGACAUCGGGAAACUGUCACACGCAUUUGCUGGUUACCUUCCACUCUUACUAAUGAUAGCGAAAUAAAGCCUGGUGGAAACCAGCUACUGUCUAUCAGUUGGGAUCAUAGUCUACGUAUUUGGGAUUGUGAAGCGGCCAAAGGUAACACUGGUGCUGAAGUCCGGUGUAUACUUUCCAAUCAUGCUUUGCAUGAUGCAGAUGUCAAUAGCAGAGGUAUUUUGACUGCUUCUUCUGAUAACUGUAUUCGAAUAUUUGAUCCACGAGCAGAAGCACCUUUAGUACUCUCUGGAUUUCAAGGACACACAGGCUGGUUGACUUCAGUUGCUUGGGCACCUCAUAGACAAGAUCAGUUUAUAUCUGGGUCAAUUGAUCGUAGUGUUCGUUUAUGGGAUACACGUAAUCCUCGUUCCUCUCUAUAUGACUUAAUGGGACAUGCUGAUAUUGUGACAGAUGUUGAUUGGGCGCCUGCAAUUAAAUUACUUACUAAUGAUAAACCUAUACAUUAUAUCUUAAGUUCAUCAGCUGAUUCUACUGUAAAAGUUUAUCAUUAUCCAGAGUGAUAUAAUUUAUGUUUUGAUUAUGACAAUCGAAUAUCUGUUUUUGAUUGUAUAAAAAUGCAUUUGUCUGUUCUCGA